AUGCCGCCGCUCCUGCCGUUCGCAGCAGCGACUGCUGUUGCGUCAUCUUCGACGCUAGCAGGAGUCGCCGGGGCAGGGUCGCCCAGCAGCGUGGCAUGCGGGCCGCAUCUGACGGAGGGGUUGGACUCGUCGUCGUCUGCUCCCGCCGCACACGUCUUUAAACAGCCGUCAGUGAUUGAGCUGGAGCGGCUACAGGCGGAGGCGCUCAAGGGUGGGGGGUUUGAACGGAUACGGAAGCAGCACAAGCAGGGGAAGCUGACCGCCAGAGAGCGAAUUAUGACUCUGCUGGACCCGGGGUCGUUCGAAGAGCUGGAGCAGGGUGAGUGGCGCGGCAAGGAGAGGCAAGACACACAGCACAGCGCGAGCAGUGCAGGAAAAGCAGCGCAAGCAUCAGUGGCAGGGCAAGCUGACAGGCAGAGAGCGAAUCAUGACUUUGGUGGACCCGGGGUCGUUUAA